CUAAUAUAAAAGAAGCGGGAGAUUGUCCCCAUGUUGGUUUCCUUAGGAAAGCAAGAUCUGCAUUCGACAUUAACAAAGAUGUAAAAAAACUUUCAAGAUCAAAUUCGCUUAGUUUUCCAACUGAAAAAGAAAAAAAUAAUCUAAAACGUCGCAAUACGAGUGUUAUAUCUACCAAUAACCCAUUUAUUGAUAUUUUUGAUUUCGAUGGUGGUGAUGGUGGCAUCAAUGAAAAUUCUCAAAAAUCCUCUUUGGAUGAUAGAAAUUUUCCUCCCUCUUCGCCGACACAACUACAUUCUUCUAAUUCGUUGUCCCCUUCUUCGCAUUUCUUCAUCUUUUUCCAUGCUACCAUUCCAAGUAUGUCUCAUUUUCAAUCCAAUAGUUUUGAAAGUGGCAGCAUAAUUGAUUUUUACGAUCCAAUCAUUCAUUUCUGA